CAGCCGCAAGCUUCCACCUCCUUCGACGCCCUUGCUCUUUAUCGAUCAGAGAGAGAGAGAGAGGGAGGGGAGAGAGACGACGACGAUGAGGCGGUGGAGAGAGGAGGUGGUGGCGCUGUCCCUGCAGGGCCACGGCUACGGCCACGGCGAUGAGGCCGACGACCGGCCGGAGAAGCCGCGGCGGUACGGCGUGACGGAGAUGAGGAGCCCCUACUACUCCUUCCGCUCCGCCCACCACGCGCUCCAGGAAAUUUUGGAUUCUAUCGGUCCUUUUGUUGAUGGUCUGAAGUUUUCUGGUGGAUCUCAUAGUUUAAUGGGAAAAGAAUUGAUUAGAGAGAUUACCGAUUUAGCACACAAGCAUGACAUGUACGUGAGCACAGGUGAUUGGGCAGAACAUCUUUUGCGUCAAGGACCUUCUUCUUUCAAGCAGUAUGUACAGGAAUGCAAAGAGUUGGGUUUUGACACAGUUGAGUUGAAUGCUGGAUCUCUCAAGCUACCUGAAGAGGCUAUCCUGAGAUUAGUCCGCCUCAUAAAGAACAGUGGUUUGCGGGCGAAGCCCCUGUUUUCAGUCAAGUUCGACAGUUCUGAUAUCCCUGCAUCUGGUGAUAGAGCGUUUGGUGCUUAUACAGUUCCAGUAAAGCAGACCUCAGAAAGAGUCGAAGACGUUGACCUGUUGAUAAGGAGGGCCGAGAGGUGCCUAGAAGCAGGUGCGGAUAUGAUCAUGAUCGACGCUGAUGAUGUUUGCCAGCGGGCUGACUCUCUAAGAGCAGACGUCAUCGCGAAGAUUGUAGGCCGGCUCGGGCUCGACAAGACCAUGUUUGAAACGUCCAACGCCAACACCUCCGAGUGGUUUGUCAAAAGAUACAGUCCACGGGUGAACCUCUUUGUCGACCACUCAGAGGUGAUGAAUCUGGAGCGUCUCCGAGGCUUUGACAUGCGCAGGAGCAGUCCGUCCUUGCUCACCUCUCCGUUCUUCCUGAUGUGACGACCUUUCUCAUACCAGCUGAGAUGAGACCUGAUCAAUGUAUGUGUGUUCAAGUUGAGUUGCAGUCCCGUCACCAUCGAGUCAGGAACCGAGGCAGCGCGUGCUGGUAGCUCGUAAUGCGAUGAUCUCAGUGUCUUUCCGGCGGUGUGAACUGUUGUAGUACCUGGAUCAUGUGUAGUGUUGGUGUGGAUGUUCAUGUUGGGUGGUUAUUGUACUAAAUAAAUCUGCGAAUCAGUACUCCCUUGCUAUGAAGACCAUCUGGCCGACUAUUUGAGGGUAGGGGUGCCAUGGUCCUGCUUAGAGCUGCAA